GAUGUGAGGUAUAGUGAGGUGCGCGCGCCAUACUCUCCUGCUCUCCCUCGCCACACAUGCCCGCACCCUCACCACCCUCCCUCUACUUGACUCAUUUGUGGCCCCAGGAGAGCGUUUAACAAGAGUUAGUGGGUAGUAGAGCGAGGUGUUGUAGUAGAGGCAGCCACAGGUAGAGGAGAGCGGCCACACUGCCCCAAGAUGCCUCGACGAGGAGCGCCGGCCCCGAGACGACCUCCACCGCGUGCGGCUCCACCGCCGCCGCCACCACAUCGGGCAGCACCCCCACCACCUCCACCUGCUGCUGCUCCACCUCCAGCUGCAGGGGCUGCUCCGAAACAACCCGGACUCUUUGCACAGAUGGCUGCCACUGCUGGCGGUGUUGCUGUUGGAUCAGCUGUGGGUCAUGUGGUUGGUCAUGCAUUGACAAGCGGGGGAAGCAGUUCAGAUCAACCUGCUGCAGCUGCUGCUGCCCCAGCACAACCCCAGGGCUACCCACAGUACCAGGGUUACUCACAACAAUACCCAAUGCAGGGUGGCCCCUCGGAACCACAAGGACCAUGUGCUUGGGAGAUAAAACAGUUCCUGCAGUGUGCUCAAACACAGUCCGAUGUAUCCGUGUGCGAGGGUUUUAAUGAGGCGUUACGCCAGUGUAAAGCCCAACACAGCCAAAUGACUGCGUAGAGACAAAUUGUGCAACAUCACUGGAAUGUACAGCCAGUUACCAUGAGAAUGAAUAUUAUGAAAAUUGUACAGUUGUAGAAUAUCAAUUGUGUAAUGACUAAACAUGUACAUUGUGUUAGUGUAAGGUAUAGUUAAGAUAGUGAAGCAAGCAUGAUGUCUUCGCAAGUGUAAUGUUUGUCGUACAUUAUCUGGCACACAACUCGGGUUCUGUUAAGAAUAAAAUAUUUUAUAUAGCCUAA